UUUUGGAACGUUAAACUGGGUGUAACUUCACAUUCUGGCUUUGGCCUGCAGGCUCUGCACAGAGAAGUUAUGGGUUUGAGUCAAUCGAAACCUCCUCCUCCUCCUAUAUUUCUUGAUCAACCAUGGAGGCAGAUCAACUUUGGAAAUAACACAACUGAUCUGCAGUAUGUGGAGUACUACAAACCUCAGGCUGAAGAACAGCAGCUUAGGAUCCUCCUUCAUGGUCCGGUUGGAGCUGGAAAAUCCAGUUUUAUCAACUCUGUAAACAGUGUCUUCCAAAACCAAGUAUGUCGCCAUGCUUUGGUGCAAAACUCAGCUCAAGAUUGUUGCACCAAAGAGUACAGAACCUACAGGAUCCAAAGGGGAAACUCAAACAACUUUUACCCUUUUGUCCUAAAUGACAUGAUGGGACUGAAAAACGUCACCAGAAGAAACAGAAGGAUUCAUGUGAAAGAUGUCAAACGUGCGCUGAAGGGACACAUAAAAGAUGGCUACACGUUCAAUCCUGAAUGUAAAAUAUCAAAGGGUGACAGAUUCUACAACAGAGCUCCAACUGAAAACGACAAAGUGCACGUUUUGGUUUGUCUUGUUGAUGCCAACACUGUGUCUCUGAUGGGUGAUGACACUGUGGAAGCAAUAAAGGAUGUCAGAGAUGAAGCCGCUGAACUGGGAAUUCCACAGGUGGCAGUUUUCACCAAAAUAGACGAGGCUUUUCCUGAGAUAAACACAGAUGUGAAAAAUGUCUACAAGAGCAGAUCUCUGAAGGAAAAGAUUGAGAAGUUCAGUGCAGAUGUGGGCAUCCCUAUUCACAGCAUUUUCCCAGUGAAGAACUACCACUCAGAGACAGGAGUGAAUCCAGAUGUUAAUGCUAUAAUCCUCAACGCCCUGAGGCACAUCAUUGCAACUGGAGACGAUUCCCUCAACAGAAAGUUAAGAUUCCAAGUCUAGAUAUCCUUCACUGUACUGAAAGUAAGUUAUUGUCCGAGUGUUAAACUUUACAUGGUAAAUCAUGUGUGUGUAAAGCCUGGAUGCAUUAAAAUGUCCAAAAUUAAGAAAUUUAAAAUGUCAUAUAUCCGUGUAAAUUUACAUUUUGAGUUUUAAGACUGGUAGGAAAAGGAUAAUGCUUAAGAUGUGAUUUGUAAUUGUUUCCUAUUAAAGUUAAGUGUAUGUUAACUGAUUUAGCCAUGAAAUCUGGGUAGUAACUAAAAGAAUGAGGCUCCAGAUACAAGUGACAGAAAUGAACUUCCUCCAAAGGGUGGCUUCUAAUUGUUUCAUAUUAAAGUGCCUUUCUUUGUAUUACUUCAUUAUCAGUGACCAU